AUGGCCAUAGGGACCAUUUUCUUUGUUUUUCUGCUUGCUCUGCUGAUUCUCUUCUUCCUGAGACAACUUUGGACCCGAAGACAUUUGCCUCCCGGUCCUUUGGCUCUACCUCUCAUUGGGACUUUGUUGGCUAAUGGGAUUGGGCUUCAAGGAGAUGUUUUGCUUAAGCAUGUAAAACCAUAUGGGAAUAUAUACUCCAUGUGGCUUGGGCCUUACCUUGUAGUUGUACUGUCUGGUUUCAAAGCUGUGAAAGAAGAAAUGACCAGGUUCUCAGAAGAAUUCUCGGACCGGCCGGAUGAUCCUUUUUUGACUGCUUUAGGAAAAGGAAGGGGAAUUCUUCUUUCCAGUGGCCACACCUGGAAACAGCAGCGGCACAUCGGCAUCACUUCUCUGCGGAAGCUGGGCCUGGGAAAGAAAAGCAUUGAGCAUCGAAUAGAAGACACAGCUCAGACGUUGGUAGAGGCCUUUAGACAAACAAAAGGAGAGCCAUUUGACCCAUCGUUUCCGGUACUAAACGCAGUUUCUAAUGUCAUAUGUGCUUUGAGUUUUGGACGUCAGUUUGCUCUUGAAGAUGAAAACUUCCAGAAGUUAAUUCAAGCCCUUGAAAUUAUUGUGAAAUUCACUACUGGCUUUUUCCAUAUGGUGUAUGAUUUGUUCCCCCGAUUAAUGAACUAUCUCCCAGGCCCUCACAAGAAGGCCUUGGCUUCUAUAGAUUGGAUCAUUUCCUUUGCAAAGCAAGAAAUACAGAAACACAAGGAAUCCAGCUCUCUCCAUGAGCCACAAGAUUUCAUUGAUUACUACCUUCUUCAGAUGGAGAAGCAUCAGAGCAGGAAUGACCCCAACUCUACCUACAAUGAAGAGAACCUGGCACAGUGUGUUUUUGAUUUGUUUUCUGCUGGGACAGACACAACUUUUGCUACUCUGAAGUGGGCACUGAUCCUCUUGGCAAGUCAUUCUGAUAUUCAAGAGAAAGUCCACAAAGAGAUUGAAGAUGUGUUUGGCUUCUCACGGUUGAUUUCCUAUCAGGAUCGGAACAAGCUGCCCUACACCAAUGCUGUGAUUCAUGAAAUGCAGCGUGUAAAGUAUGCCUUGCUAUUUGGGGUUCCCAGGCAAACUAAAAAAGAUGUGAAGAUGAGGGGAUACCACAUUCCAAAGGGGACCUUUAUUGUCGCAGACCUGCGCUCUGUUCUUCUUGAUCCUGAACAAUGGGAGAAACCUAAAGAAUUCAACCCAAAUCACUUUUUAGAUAAGGAUGGGAAGUUCGUUGAACGGGAAGAAUUCCUAGCAUUCGGAACAGGUCUGCGUGUAUGUUUGGGACAGCAGCUAGCAAGAAUUGAGAUCUUUAUCCUUCUAACCAGCCUCUUGAGGUCCUUCAACUUCAAGUUGCCUGAAGGAGUCAAAGAAUUCGAUCAAACACCUAUUGUAAAAGUGACGAUGCCUCCGCAGCCUUACAAGCUAUGUGCUAUUCCCCACAAAUCUUAA